CAGACACUCAGGUGGACAGCUCCUUCAAAGACAACCUAGAAAUCAAUCCAGAAAUAUGGCGAGCCGAAAGCCAGUGGUUUUGCUAUUUCGAGAAGAUUACACACGAGUAAGAGAUUGGGUUUUACGGUAUCCAGAUCGUGAAACCGGUGGCCAAAUGUUUGGUUUAUGGACUCAUGAGAAAAAUCCGUACAUCAACAUUAUCACAGGUCCUGGCAAGAAUUCCCGUCACGGUACUCACUCGUUUCAUCAGGAUAUCGACUACCUAAAAAGCGUUGGUACCUUCUUGAAUAAAGAAUUUAUGAUGUGCCACAUCGGUGAAUGGCAUUCGCAUCAUAAGUUGAGAUUAAGGCAGCCAAGCAGUGGGGACCUAAACAGCAUUUGGAAACAUUUUCCCGCCGGAGUCGAACGCUUCCUGCUUAUAAUUGCGACAAUCGAAAACGACGACGUUCGUCUAAAUCCAUGGCUUUUUAGAGCGUCGAGCCAUACGCACGAAAGCAUAGAAGUGAAAUACAUCGAAAAACCCAACGUUUUCAUGAAGGAUGAGAUUGUUUUAAGGAAUAUUCGAAGUGGAGAGGAACAAAGUGGAUCGCAUCGACCCCAGAACCCGCCGAUGCCAAGUGAGAGCUGGUUUCAAAGCGAUUGGGGAGGCACCUUCGUCCAACUGCUCCAUAGCAAACUGGAGAAAUUCAAAAACCCAUCAAAAGACAUCGAGAUGAGUAAAAAGAACGGGUGCCUUGGUCUUUCGUGUGAAACAAAAAGAUGUCACGUUGUUCUUGAGUUUCCUCUCAAUUUUCCUUGCGCACCAUUGGUAAUUAAAUUGAUGGGGCUCAGAACAGGCUCCGGCUCUUCAAGAGAAGUGAUGCGAUGGUCCGAGGAAAAAAGACAUGAUCAAGAUCAAGUAGAAUUUAUUGAUCAACUCAUCAGUCAUAUGCACAGCCAUUUAAGUCACCUUCGAUAAUACAAAUCAAAUUUUUGAACGUAAAACACGAAACAGUAUUCCGCGCUCUGAGAGUGAAUAUGUGGUGAAUAUGAUCACUGUAAAUACGCUAAAUAGAGAAAUGUUAAUCAAUCGUUAACUUUGCAAAAGAAUAAGUUCUGAGUUGUCUGUUUCAAUGUUUUUUGUGGCUGAAAUUGCUUUAGUACUUCAUGGUAGACUACGCACCCGCUUCCGUGCAACCGCAGAUAUUGAAAACAGGAAAAUGAUAACAAUCCGAUCUGUUACUUGGAAUUACAGAUCAAUUUCCAUACUGGUCAAAGUGAAAGUGCGUCUCGAACCGGAACCGAAGCGGUUCAUUUUAUAAAUACUGCGUCUAUAACCAGGUAAUCUUGAGAGGAUAAAGAAGAUACAAUUCGAUAAAGAUAAUUUUCUGCUUGUGUGCGAGUUCAAAGCAAAACUGACCACAAUUUCUAUGCAAAUAAACGUGUAUUUAUCAUCGAUGAAAGAAGAUGACGUAAGAUGAAUCGUUGAUCUUUAGACUUAAAAACAAAAGAAGAUUGAUCAAGGUUAUCUUUGGCUGAUAGCUUCCUUUAUAUAUGGCCUAAUUCAUAACAAAAUAUAUUUUACAUUAUUCAACCUUUAAACUUAAGACGACUCACUAAAAACAUAACAAAAACAUGAGCAAUCUAUGGGGUAAGCCCUUUACUGUGUACAUGUAUGAACAAGAAAUACGAUUUCUGGAAUGGUUGGUGUUACGGAGGCAGAAUAUCGAAACUGGUGGUGAUUUAUUUGGACUAUGGCAAAGUGAAGACACUGUUAUAGUUCAGCUUGUCAUUGGACCAGGUGAAGGUUGUUCACGUACGCAGACCUCAUUCCACCAAGAUGUAGAUUAUUUAUCACGUGUGGGUGAAAAAUUGACCAAGUCCCAAGGUUUGUGCAAUAUUGGUGAAUGGCACUCGCACCAUAGAAUUGGUAUGCCCACCCCAAGCUAUGGCGACCAAACCACAGUAUGGAGCAAUAUGGAUUCAGUAGCUGGUGGUCGAUUCUUGGUCUUCAUUGCGUCCAUAAGCGACUCGUUUAAAAAACCAUCUGUUUCUAUUCGGUGCUUUAUGUUUACAACAAAGGAUAUGAGCGAAGGUUCACUGCAGAUAUUACAGGGGUAUAGCCCGAUUCGCGGGCAAUUUAACGAUGUAGCACCAGGUCCAGAGCAAGGGGUGGGUUGGGAAGAUUUUGUGAAAAAUUUCGAAAGCCAUCAUAGUAGCUCAACAAAAAAGAAAAAGGUUUCAAGAUCUCCACAGAAGAGACAACCACGAACUCCCCCAGUGGGAAGCUCAACUCCUAAGUUCCCAACCUCCGAACCCCCAACUCUUAAAUCCGCAACUCCUAAAUCCCCAACUCCUAAAUCCGCAAUUCCUAAAUCCUUAAUUCCUAAAUCCCCAACUCCUAAAUCUCGAACUCCUAAAUCCCUAACUCCUAAUUCCCCAACGAAAAAUGAUACUCGUGAAACAAAUUUGGAAAAUGGAAAUAUGACGAAAUAUGGUAGCAUAAUUAAAAACGAAAAGACAAAUGGAAAAAAGAAGCCACAAAAUUCGAAAAAUAGAUCAAAAACUCCAAAGCGUGCCAAAAAAGAGAAAGGAUCUACGACAGAAUCAGAUGACCAAACACGACUAUUACGUGAUUUUGCAUCACCCCUACCCAAUUCUGCCAGCGACAUUGAGAGUAGUUCUUCUUGGAAAUCUAAAUUCAAUAAACGGUUUUUCAUUUUAGUGGGGGUUUUAGUGUUGAUUGGAACAGUGGUGUUGGUGGUGGUCUUAGUUUUGAACGGAUAAAUCAAUCAACAAGGAA